CUCACGCCUCCCUCAGGGCCGCAGUAGGUGGCGCGGCGGUCGGUUUGUUCGACUUCGGCUGUCCUGCAGACGUAAACACUUGGCACCACAUGGCACAACGGCGUGAGGCCCUCGUGGCACUGUGCUAACCAAAGGGCACGUCAAGAGGCAUCCAAACAACCACUGGUGCGAUUAGAGUGUGUUUGUAGUCCACCAGGCCUCCAGAAACCAGGUGUUACAGGGUGCAGAUCAGAGACAAUGUUUCAGCUAGCUGAGAUCCGCCACAUGGUGCGCAUCCCUCCAUGGCUCUUUGGCCAGACACUCAAUGAUGCUGUUAUUGAAGAACUCAACCGCAAAUUAGCAAAUAAGGUAGUGCUCAAUGUGGGCCUCUGCAUCGCCCUGUUUGACAUCACCUCCUUGGGCGACUCAUACAUUUUCCCAGGAGACGGGGCCUCACACACUCGCGUCACCUUCAGAUAUGUGGUGUUCCGCCCUUUCCUGGAGGAGAUUUUGGAGGGUGUCAUCAAGUCUGCCAAUGCUGAUGGAAUACAAGUAAGCUUGGGAUUCUAUGAUGAUGUUUACAUUAGAAGGGACUCCAUGAUGGCCAACUCACACUUUGAUGAGACAGAUCAGACCUGGGUGUGGGACUACCAAACUGAAGAUGACACCCACCACUUGUUCAUGGAUAUUGGUGGAAGGAUCCGCUUUAAGGUUGUUGCUGAACAGUUCUUGGACACCACUCCCACUGGACCAAACCUUGCUGCAGGAGACAGUGCUGUGUCUGACAGGAAGGAGGGUAAAAUUCCAUACAUUGUGUAUGGUGCAAUCAAUGACCAAGGGCUUGGACUGGUGUCAUGGUGGACUAAUGCAGAAGAGGAACAGGAAGAGGAGGAGGUUGAGGAGGGAGAAGAGGCACUAUGACCUCAGUGUAUCUUGGCUCUAUUAACUGUUUUAUAAGGAUCAAAGGUACGAGUAUUAUCUAGCUAGAUUUUCUAUGGAGAUCCAUGUUGUUACUCAUUAUGUUAAUUUCUUUGGGAAAUCUAUUUGUAUUCAUUGUAACUUGGCUUUUCACAUGUUGUUUCAUAGUGGUAGUAGACAUGCAUGUCAUUUGGGUAAACAAUGUACUAACAGAUUUACUGAAAAGUUGGGUUGUUAUACUAUAUCGUUAAUGAUAUUUGUUCAUAGUGAAAUUGUUAGUCGUCAAAUUUCUUUUAUCACUAAGUAGAAUGAAAAGCUGCUCUAAAACUUAAUUUCUCUAUACAGUGGAUUUUUGAGUUACAAGCACCACAACUUGGGAGAAAUCCAAGAUGCGAGUUGUCACAUGGUCAAUUUUUGCUUUGACUUGCGAGCUCCAGGUACGCUGUUGCUUGUUGGCACAAUGAACGCCCAGCAUCCCAUGACUCACACAUUUUUUUUUUUUUUUUUCUCUUCUUCCAUCCUGGAAGCAUUUCUUGUAUUAUGUCUGUGGUUUGUGCUGUUUGUGCUAUUAUUUUAUCAAAUUUCUUUUGCUUGACUAGGUGUUAAGAAGUGGCACUAUGUAAUGACACACAUCUAAUUCACUUCUUGAAACAUUCUGAAAAGGAGGAUGAAACAGGCCUCCUUGGACAGCUUUUUUUGUGAAAUACCUUGCAGAUGAGAAAGAGGAACAGAUGGCAAAAAGCCCCCCCAAAAAAAGCAAUGAAGAAAAUUAAGCAAGAGUGAAGUAAAAAACAACAAAAUUUAUAGCAGUUAAGAUCAGCAAUAAAAUGUAGUAUUAUGAGUGUAACUAGUAAGUUCAGUUCAAUGAUUAAGCAAGAGUUUAUAGGAAACAAAAAUAACUGAUAAAGCACAAGACAAAAUAAACCCUUCCCAUCACUUCUGCCUACCUCCUCCACCCUCCACCUCCACUGGCAUCUUCUGUUAUCCCAAGUUGUCUGAUAUCCAAGAUAAAUAUACUUUAUAAAACCAGUUUAAUUACAUUCUCUUUGGUUAGGUUUUAUUGUAUUUUACAUAAUAUUUGUUAUUUAUAAAUACCUUUUUCCUACCUAAAAACCUAAAAAGAAAUUUGGAUGUUUUUUGGGUGGCUGGAAGAGAUUAAUGGUGUUUCAAGUUUUCAAUUAAUUUUGGUGGGGAAAAUUUAUUUGAGAAAAGCAAAUAGAGAUAUGAGCUCCAUCAUGGGACAAAUUAAACACACAACUCAAGGUACCACUGUAUCUCAUAAUCAUGUUUCAGUCUCUUGCAUAUCUUAACUUUUUCUGCACAUGCAAAAUGUUCAGAAAACAUUUUCAUUAAGUCCAUGUAAAUAUAACAAGUAGUGUAUGAAGAUAAAGGAAUUUUAACUAUUGCCAAGAUGGAACAGCUGGUGCUUUCUUUAUAUAAAGACAUUUUUAUGCAGAUAUUUAUAUAUUGCUGCUUUGCUACAAAAUUUUUGUACAAAGUUUAUGCAUGUGGCAUUAGUACAGACAUUUCAAGCUCACAAUGGUAUUCUUUUUUGUUGUUGUCAUUUUAUUGGUAUUGGUGGUACAAGAUGUCAUGUACAUACAGCUUUUGUACAGUUGUUAUAUUUUACCAUAUUUUCCAAUAAGAGUCAGUCCUGUUUAAUUGAAAGGUGCAGUAUGAACAACUACUUUGAUUAAGGCAAAAUCAGGUAACUAGGAUUAUAUUUACAAAUUUUCUUUAAUGAGUGGAGAUCUAGACAAAGUUUGGCCCAAACAACAUUAUAGUGUCACAUUUACUGAAGAACUUUUAGUAGUUAUAAAACUACAAUGGCACUGACAUUCCAAAUGCUCACACCACCCCUUCCAUUCACAGCAGUGCUCUCAGCUCUACCCCUCUAUCAUCUUUCCACCACCUGCACACCUCACACUUCCUACAUGUUAUCAUUGCAUUGUCACUUGGAAAUCUUGCAUUUCCAAGUCUUUUCCUCCUGAAUCUAAGGCCUUGGCAUUAUCAAGAAGCCAACAAAGAAUUAUUACCAAUCUUUUCCACUUAUUUCUGGCAGUAAACUAUCUAACUUCACAUGCACCACCACAACAAGCUGCACCAACCACAGUGUUACAUCUACAUAGGUUUGUGAUUCUUCUAUCAGGAAUGUAUGUCUUACAUUAGGUAAUCUCAGAUAAGUUGUUAUCAUAAUUUUACAAAUUGUGUUCUGUGACUAUACUCUUCCAUUUGGCUAAUGUUUUCUCUAGGAAAUGUUUACAUGUUUUUUUUUGCUGACUUGACAUUGUUGGGACCUCCACUCUAAACCCAAAUUGCCAAGUGACACUUCAGUCACUUCACUGAAGGAUAUUCCUGUGAUAACACAAGAUGUGUGUGUGUGUCAUUUAAUUUUAAGUCUUGAGUGAAGGUUGUGUGUAGAGCUAGUGCAUGUAGUUUUGUGUGGAGGAAGAAUUGUCUUUAGAGGGCAGCCUAUGACUGCCUCUUGUGAUGUAAGACACAAAGGGAAAGGUUCAGUGAGAUCAUACUGGCUUUAAUGAAAGUUCAAAGCACUUGAACUAGUGCUUUAUACCUUAUUAAGAGUAAUUAGGGUUUAGGUAGGUGAUUACUGCCUGCUAGCUCUAGUUUGUAGCCGCCAGUGGAGAGUGAAAUAAAAAGUCUAACCAAAGAUUAAGGAUUUGCACAUAGCAAUGUACAAAAUUUAAAUUGUGCUUCAGAUUUUGCUCACUUUAGAUGUAUUUGUGUAUCUGUUAGUUCCGGUCAUGAAAAUUCAGCUGUGCGAGAUCUUCAUAUUAUCAAUAUUCAUUUAAACAGGAUUCAACUGUAUUCUUAUCAUUUCUAUCCAUGCUUUGUUAUUUCCAAAGAAACUGACAACUGUCAAAAGUUGUGGCACUGAGGUCUUAUAUAUGAUAUAUGAUAAGUACAAUUAAUGUAAUUUAGAUAUAGGAGACACUACAUACCUAAAGAAUAUGCAUUCUCUCUCUCUCUCUCUCUAAGAUACUUUUGGCUAAACUUCAAAACUGUAUGGUUUAUAGCCUCAAAAUUUUUUUUAAUUAUUUAUUUAUUUUUUUUUCUGGUCAUUGUUCCAAUGUUCCAAAAGUGAGGUGCAAGAAAGAAGAAAAUAACUUAAGCUCAUUCUUGCUGUUUACAUCCUCUUAAAGAUUUUUUCUUAUUCUUAUCGAGUUUCAGAAACAAUGAGUGGGUAAUCACACAGUAUUCUCUCUCUCUCUUUUUUAACAUGGAAAAUGAAAAAUAGCACUUAUUAUUUCUAACAUAGUGGAGACUCAAUACUUGAACUUAAUUCCAAAUAGCUGUUCAAGUAUCAAAAAGUUUGACUACUGAUACCUAUAAAUCAGAUAAUUUGUUUUAACCUUAGCAAAACCUUAAGAUUACAAAAACUUCAAUGUAAUUUUUUUAUAAUUUUUAUUUGCACUUACUGUAAGUGAAGGCUGGUGAUGGAUAACAUAGAUGAGGUGGGAAGAAGGGUGGGUAAGAGGAGGGAGGUUAUUCGUCGGAGGACGAGCCACCAUCCAUGAAAGCGUAUGGUAACUUGUCUCCUGAUGUGAUUCCUGUGAACUCACUAGUGGAAGGCUGUGGCUCAAUAACACUAGCACUCACUAGAUUCCUUAUUUUCACCAGUAAUAAGCCUCUUUGGUGCCAUUGUAAGUUUCCAAAUGAAAAACUACAGCCAGAAUGCAAUAGAAUGUUGUUGCUCUUGCAACCACUACAUGAUAACUGGUGGUGGCAAGGAGGGAGAGGCCAGGGAGCCUUUGUUUACAACCACGUGUGUGGACAUUUGAGUAUCAUAAAGUUUGACCUCAAAGGUGUUUGAAUAUUGAGUCUUCACUGUAAUGGUUUUACAAUUAGUUCACAGUAUUCCUUUGAUGCACUUACUACAUAUACAGUGAUAGGUAUGUAGCAUUGUGCCUGCUGUCAACCACAAAUAGGGUCAGUUUAUAUUAUGUGCUUAUUGUUAUCACUUUUGUGUUUAUUUAUUCUAUAAUCAUUUAAUUAAACAUCUUGAUUCUUUA